AUGAAGGGCGACGGAAGGUGCUUGAAACUCUUGCUUGCAUUUUCAAUCCUUUUCCAACAAAACGUAAACGGAGGAGAAGUUGGCCACAACCACAGCCUCAGAGAUGCUAAAGUGACAAUGAGGUGCAUAGAGAGGGAAAGGCAAGCACUACUUGCAUUCAAACGUGUCCUGGUGGAUGGGUUCAAUUAUCUCUCUUCUUGGGGUUCAGAAGCCCAAAAACAAGAUUGUUGCCGAUGGGAAGGAGUCUAUUGUAGCAACCAAACUGGCCAUGUGAUUCAACUUGGUCUUGCAGAUUUACAAGGUAAGAUGAUUAGUCCUAAACUGAUUGAGUUGCAGCAUUUACAAUAUUUGGACCUUGAAUUCAUUGAUUUCAAUGGGAGCCAAAUUCCAGAUUUCAUUGGUUCUCUAACGAAUCUAAGAUACCUCAGUCUCAGUUCCUGUAAUUUGGUUGGUCAAAUUCCAAGUUCGUUUGGAAACCUCACGCAAUUGCAACAUCUCGACCUCGGCUAUAAUCAGCUUCAAGCAGAAAAUCUCAAUUGGCUCCCUGCUCUUUCUUCUUUAACGUAUUUGGACCUAAGCGGAGCCAAUCUCAGUACUUUGGACUUUGCAUUGAUUAAUUUCAAUGGGAGCCAAAUUCCAGUUUUCAUUGGGUCUCUAACCAAUCUAAGAUACCUCAGUCUCAGUUCCUGUAAUUUGGUUGGUCAAAUUCCAGAUUUCAUUGGUUCUCUAACUAAUCUAAGAAACCUCAGUCUCAGUUCCUGUAAUUUGGUUGGUCAAAUUCCAAGUUCAUUUCGAAACCUCACUCAAUUGCAAAAUCUCGACCUCUCCUAUAAUCAGCUUCAAGCAGAAAAUCUCAAUUGGCUUGGAAACCUCACGCAAUUGCAAAAUCUCGACCUCGCCUAUAAUCAGCUUCAAGCAGAAAAUCUCAAUUGGCUCCCUGCUCUUUCUUCUUUAACGGAUUUGGACCUAAGCGGAAACAAUCUCAGUACUGUUUUCGAUUGGCCAGAAGCAGUACUUAAUAAGCUCCCUAAACUAGUAGACUUGCACUUGAUGAGUUGUAGUCUUCCUCCUCCUCCUACUCCAAUUCUUUCCAUUACUCUUUCUAAAACAAAUUCUUCUACAUCUCUUGCGCAUGUUAGUCUCAGGAACAACCAUCUCACUUCGCCAAUAUUUCUUUGGUUGUCCAACUACAGUACAAGCCUUUUUACUCUUGGCCUCUCCAACAAUAAUCUAACUGAUUUAAUCCCCGAUUUCAAUGGAAACAUGAGCUCUCUUGAGUAUCUGGAUCUCUCUGAUAACCAGAUUGAAGGAGCGAAUCCAAAUUCGUUUGCAAGGCUGUGUAAUUUGCGAACAUUGCAGCUUCAAACAAAUCAUCUGAGUGGACAAUUAUCCAAGUUUGUUCAACUAUUGCCUAGAUGUGCUCAAAACUCAUUAGAGGAAUUGUACCUCUCUGAGAAUGUUCUUGCGGGGUCAUUAAACAAUCUUACAAGCUUCUCAUCUUUGCAAUUCUUGGAUCUUCAUGCCAAUCAAUUAAGUGGAAAAAUACCUGAAAGUAUUGGGCAAAUGUCGCAACUGCAAUACAUCGAUUUCAGCAUAAACUCCUUGAAAGGGGUGGUUUCAGAAACUCAUUUCUCAAAACUCUCCAAAUUAAUUUUUUUGGAUUUAUCCUCUAACUCACUAGUUUUAAAUUUCCAUUCUGAUUGGGUUCCUCCCUUCCAGUUGGAUUACAUAAAUUUGGCGUCUUGCAAGGUUGGUCCUGUUUUCCCAAAAUGGCUUCAAACUCAAAAACAUACUUCCAAGCUUGAUAUUUCGAAUGCUGGAAUUUCUGAUAUCCUUCCAAGUUGGUUUUGGAGUAAUUUUCAUAACGCAGACGUUAUUAAUCUCUCACAGAACCUAAUCAGAGGAAUAUUUACAAAUUUGACAGUGGAGUUUACAUAUAACCUAGAACUACAUUUGAGUUCGAACCAAAUAGAAGGUCCAUUUCCCUCAACUCUAUCACAAGCCUCCUAUCUGGAUCUUUCCAAUAAUAAAAUUUCAGGGUCUCUUUCUUUCUUGUGCGAAAGUGCAUAUAUGAAUUUAGCAUUUCUUAAUCUUUCAAGCAACAAUUUUUAUGGAGACCUUCCAGAUUGCGGGAGCCAGUUGGCGGCUCUAGUCAUGCUUGAUUUGAGUUACAAUGCUUUUUCCGGAAAAAUUCCCGUGACAAUAGGCUCUUUGUGGCAAAUAGCAACUUUGAAAUUAAGAAGCAACAGAUUUAUUGGAGAAUUGCCUUCAUCCUUGAAGAACUGCACAAGAUUACAAGUUAUUGAUCUGGGAGAUAAUGAAUUAUCAGGAUCAAUACCUAAAUGGUUAGGGGUCAGCUUGAAGAAUUUGGUUAUCCUGAUGCUUUCCUCUAAUCACUUCAAUGGAAGCAUGCCCUCGCAAUUAUGUCAUCUAACACGAAUUCAAAUUUUGGAUUUCUCGGUGAACAACAUUUCUGGAAGCAUACCCAAAUGCCUUAACAAUUUGACUACUCUGGCUCAAAAAGGAAAUCCAAGUUUAUCCAGCAUACAUAUUUAUGACAGGAGUGAUAAGACAACUGCUCCUACUAUUUAUGAGGAUGAUGCAAGCUUCAUAUGGAAAGGAAGAAUGCAGACAUACAAAGCCACUUUGCGCCUUGUGAAGAGAAUUGAUCUCUCAAGCAAUAGAUUAACAGGGGAGAUUCCAAGUCAAAUAACUCCGGAGAUUGGAAACUUGGAGUCAUUGGACUCGCUUGAUUUAUCAAGAAACCAGAUAGAUGGAAGAAUUCCGACAAGCCUUGCUCGGAUAGAUCGUCUUAGUUUCUUGGACUUGUCAUAUAACAACUUGUCUGGCAAAAUACCAACAGGCACUCAGCUCCAAAGCUUUGAUCCCCUUGAUUAUGCUAAAAAUCCUGAACUCUGUGGACCUCCACUUAAAAAGAUGUGUGCUGAUCAAAAUGAGCAAACUGACUUGAGCAAUGAAGAGGAUAAGGAUGAGUUUAUAACACUGGGAUUUUACAUCAGUUUGGGCAUUGGGUUUGCUACUGGAUUUUGGGGAGUUUGCGGCACUUUGAUAUUCAACAGGCCAUGGAGAUAA